AUGUUGACACCACACCAAAGCCUGUCCAUCGCCUUGAUAAUCUUCUACACCCCCUCCCUCGCCCCGACAUCCUUCCUCCUGCACAAACACAGUAUCGGCAAAGCAUGGGGGUGGCUAUACCUCUUCGUCUUCGCGAUCCUGCGAGUCGCCGGCGCAGCUCUACAAUUCGCCUCGGAAUCCAGCGACAGUAACGGCCUCCGACGGGCCGCCGCAACCCUCGCGUCCAUCGGCGUCAUGACACUCUUACUUGCGAUGCUGGAGAUCAUCGAGGACGUAAAAUCAACAUUCGCCUCAGACCCAAUCCACCCGCGCGUCUGGACCCUCCUACAUCUGUCACAAUACGCCGCAUUCAUCCUCAGCGUCAUCUACUCCUUCACCAGUCGCGACGACCUCAGCCACGCCGCUGCUAUAAUCGUCACUUGUCUCUUCGCCUGCGAAGUUCUGAUCUGCAUCGUCUUCUAUAUCCGACUUCGCGGGGACGCACCCAAACACAUGAGAAUAGCCGACGACGAUAACUGCACCCAAAGUCCAGAUAAAACAACCCUUCUCCGUCUGGCCCUAUGCAGCACGCCAUGUCUCACCGUGCGAGUCGUCUACCUCCUCCUAUCGACAUUCGCGAACGGGCCCGAAUUCCAAGGGAGGGAUCUUGAUGGGGACGGGGACGCGGAUACGCCUGCCAAUGUCUACAUUGUGGCAUUCAUGCAGUACAUGAUGGAGUUUAUUGUCUUUGUGUUGUUUUUGUACGCGGGCUUUGUUAUCCCGUCUUUGCGCAAGGCGAGGCGCGCUGAGAAGGAGAGGGAGAGGGAGAGUGGGAAUAAGGGGCUUGAGUUACGGGGUGGAAGUGGAAGUGUAUAG